AUCACCGAUCCACAGAAAGAGCCAAAGAUGUCAGCUCGGUCAUGUGAUCAGCUGUGUCCAAUCACAGCUGAUCACAUAUCAUCAGAGCACUGAUGAUCAGUGCGCCCUGAUGAUCCGUGUAGCCCCAGCAGCGCCACCUGUCAGUGUCCAUCAGUGCCAGCUCUCAGUGCUCAUCCAUGCCACCUGCCAGUGCCACAUCAGUGCCACAUUUCAGUGCCACAUAUCAGUGCCCAUCUGAGCUGCCUUUCAGUGUCACCCAACAGUGCCAUCAGUGCCACCUAUCAGUGCUGCCAAUCAGUGCCACUAACAGUGCCUGUCAGUGCCACCUAUCAGUGCCAGUCAGUGCCGCCUAUCAGUGCCAUACAGUCAGUGCUGCCUUUCAGUGCCCAUCAGAG